AUGGGGAACGGUGAUCCGUCAUCGCCUCUUCACCUCCACAACGGCACGACGAGCGGGACGCCGGACCCGGCGGGCGCCGCCGCCGACGCCGCCGACGCCGCCGCCGGCUCGUCCGAGCGCUGGCUGGCGGGGCUGGGCUUGGUGAUGGCCGUGAUCGUGCUCACCAUCGUGCUCGGGAACAUCCUCGUCAUCGUGGCCAUCGCCAGGAACCACCGGCUGCAGACGCUCACCAACGUCUUCAUCGUGUCCUUGGCCAGCGCCGACCUGAUCAUGGGGCUGCUGGUGGUGCCGUUCGGCGCCGCGCUGGAGGUGCGCGGCUUGUGGCUCUACGGCUCGUUCUUCUGCGAGGUCUGGAUCUCCGCCGACGUGCUGUGCGUCACCGCCAGCAUCGAGACGCUGUGCGUCAUCGCCAUAGACAGGUACAUCGCCAUCACCUCGCCGUUCCGAUACCAGAGCCUGCUAACCAAAGCCCGGGCCAAGGCGGUGGUGUGCGUGGUCUGGGCCAUCUCCACCCUGGUCUCCUUCCUGCCCAUUUUGAUGCACUGGUCCCGGGACAGCGAGGACACCGCCUGCUACGAGGACCCCCAGUGCUGUGACUUCGUCACCAACCGGGCAUACGCCAUUUCCUCCUCCAUCAUCUCCUUUUAUAUCCCUCUGCUGGUGAUGAUCUUCGUCUACGCCCGGGUGUACCGAGAAGCCAAGCAGCAGCUGGUGAAGAUCGACAAGUGCAAAGGCAGGUUCCACCACGACCCGAACGGGGUGACCUCCGAGUGUAAGACCAGCAAGAGAAAGGCGUCUAAGAUUCUGGCUCUGAAGGAGCAGAAGGCGCUAAAGACUCUGGGCAUCAUCAUGGGGACCUUCACCCUCUGCUGGCUGCCCUUCUUCAUCGUCAACGUGGUGCGGGUGUUUUGCGCCGAGCUGGUGGGCAAGGACCUGUUCGUGUUCUUCAACUGGCUGGGCUACGUCAACUCGGCGUUCAACCCCAUCAUUUACUGUCGGAGCCCCGACUUCAGGAAGGCUUUCAAGAGGCUCCUGUGCUGCCCGAGACAAGCCGACCGGAGGCUCCACAUCAGCUCGUGCGACCUGUCGCGCUGCUCCGCCGGCUUCGGCCACUCUAUGGGGCCCGGCACGCUGGAGGUGUGGUCCGGCUGCCACGGCCUGGACAACAGCGACAGCAGCACGGAGGCCACCGCCAGGCUGUCCCGCUCCGAGUCUCAGCUCUGA